AUGGGUGAUGAUGAAGAAGAUAUUGGUCGAGAUCGUCCAUGUUAUGGAGAGUUUCGAUGCUCUCGAUGCAGACGAUUCUGGAAGAGUACUAAGUCUUGGGCUGAUUGUGGUCAGAUCUGUUCAGAAUGUGAUACCCUAGUGUCUCCGGCUAACCUCAAGAAAAACUUUGCAUAUAUAUGCUAUAAUUGCAAUACUCUUUGGUACUCAUUUUAUUCAACACACAGGCGGCAAUGUAGAAAUUGUAAAUCAUACGAAAUUUCCGAUCCUCUAGAUCCAGAUGAUUCAAACGAUCAAAACGUUAUAAACGAGCGCAAAAAUGAGUCGACUGCUAAAAAUAUUAACGGGGAGCAUAGAGAGAAGUUGUGCCAGAAAUGCCAAGCGACUGGACGACCUUGUCGGGAAUCUGUUGAUAAUAAAAAUAGGUCACAGUUUACAACUGAUAAAUACAAGCAGGAAAAUACGGUGAAAGCACCUAUCAAUUAUGGCUGUAAAGCAACAUCCAAUUCUAUUGUUGGCGAAUAUGAACUGAACCGUGAAAAAAUGGAAAGUUUUUUCAAAAAUGAUCAAAGUCAGUCAGAGUAUCUCAACUCAAAAAAUAACAAGCGUAAUGAAAGCGUUAAGCAGCAGUUUGGUGAGCCUAGUGACCUUCCAUUUCAUCAUUCAACAUUCACAAGCUCAUCUUCAAACAAUACCAAACCGAAUAUUUGCAUUUCCAUUGUUAAACAGAGUGAGGAAUGCAAUGUAUAUGUAUUUCCUGGCAGCCAAUCUCACCAUGAUCGAAAUGAGUAUAAUCGUGGCAUUCAUGUCGGGAGUUACUCCUGUAUCGAUUGGAGACAUUUAGCAAACAAAUGGAGGAACUUGUGGAUGCCCAUGUUUUGUAUUCUUGUUUUAGUAACCAUAGUAGCAGUUUUAUUUCUUAUUGUAAGUUCUUUUCAAGCACAAAAGUCAACUACUACAAUUAGAACAAUGAAGACGACGACAACGACAACAACGACCACGACCACGACAACAACGACCACGACCACGACAACAACGACCACGACAACAACGACAACAACAACAACAACGACGACGACGACGACGACGACAGCAAACUCAUUAUUUCAAAUUUUAAAAGAGCCGAUAAUGUCUCAAGUACGGAAGAUUGAGAUAAUUUGGAAUAGAGUUCGAUCAUCAGUCGCUAAUUCUGUUGCACCUUGCUUUGCUCAAAAUACAAUGGUAACACUUCAAAACGGUGCUCAUAUUAGAAUGCAUGAUCUUCGCGUAGGCGACUUAGUACAUGUUAAUUCUGGUAAAACAAGUUCAAUUCUGGCCAUAUUUCGUCAUCGGCGUUCGCAUCUUUCGUUUAUCGAAUUACAGACUAACAGUAAUCUAAGCGAACCACUUCGUCUCACAUCAGUACAUUCCAUUCUUACUCGUAAGCCUAACGAUCGAAUCGAACAAUAUAGAUUUGCUAGAGAUGUAUCUGCUGGGGAUCUAGUUUUUCCUGUGAUAGGCCAACGACCAAUUGAAGUUAUAAACGUUCGUAAUGUUUUCCAUGUAGAUGAAUACGCCUAUGCCCCUCUCACACCAGAAGGAACGAUUGUAGUUAAUGGUUUAAUUGCAUCAUGCUACGCUUCUCAUAGUCACUCUGCCAUGCACAUGAUUAUGACACCUAUUCGCUGGUGGUACUGGGCAUUGAUUCGUUAUCAACAGCCAUCUUUACACAAGAUCAGUACAGAGCUUUUGUUUAAAAUUCGAAUAGACAAUAACCAUACACCGCAACGCUUGUCAGGAUUCCAGCGAAAAAAUUAUUUGCAAAGAACGUCUCCCUCGGGAUUUAUCAGGACUAGGGAUGUAACAAUACCAAUACAGUAUUGGGAUAUUGGUAUUGGUAUUGGUAUUGGUAUUGGUAUUGGUAUUGGUAUUGGUAUUGGUUGGUAUUGGUGGGCAUUGGUAUUGGUAUUGGUUGGUAUUGGUGGGCAUUGGUAUUGGUAG